CGCAUUAGUUAAUUUAGUUUAGUAAAAUUUGUCAGCUUCAGAUACCUAAGUUCAGAUUGAAGACCGUUUAGUUCUCUACACGCAGUACAACACGAUAAGGUGAAGCGAGCACAUGAGCAGUAAGAGAAACCGAAGAAAAAUCGUAUAGCAUGAUUUUGCAAAGAAAGACCACUUCACGAAGCAAGACGAGCUAAAAGCACUACAUAAAAACGAAGGAAUAUCAAGAUCGAGUGGUGAUCAUUAUCGGUAGCAUAGCCUCAUUGCUGUACAAUGCACGGUCCGGAAACUGCCCUGCUUUUCAAGACCUAUUUUGCUAUUAAAGUUGAUGAAAGACAUAGACAACACUUGUUGCUCCAAGUUCGCAGUCAUUUUCUACUUGUGCGUGGUCCUAUUGUUCCUCUAAGAACCGCGGCAAAAAAUCGUACGACCACGGCGCUGCAAUAAGAACGAAGCACAUCACUUGAGAGCCCCCGAAGAACAAACAUCUCGGUUGUUUUUUUUCAUGCACGACGUCAGCGCAGUCUUCACCCUGAGAGAGCAACGAAAUGACGAAGCGCAGACACUGUUUUCGGUCAUCGUGAUGAAUACAACAGCUCUAAGAAGCGGAAGCCGAUGGAAUGGUGAUGUCGGUCGUUUUUUUCUGGUGAGCCUGAGCCUGAGCUCGAGUGCACGUGUUGAAAUUGGAAUUCAAAAAAAUUUUCGGUUUCUCGUGUCUGUAAUGGCCAUAAUAAGGUCGUGUCGUACGUACAAGCAAAUGCGAACGUUAUUAUAUCACAAUACGUCCAAGAACUAGAACUACACGUCGUUUUUUUCGUCACGUACAAAUAUGCGUACUACUAUGUUGUUGGAACGUUCUAUCGCUGAACCAUCUUCCACUACUCCACAGGAUUCUGAAGAGCAGCUACACAGGCACACUUCCCCGUGCUCUUGUGUAGUUUAGCUUCUUGUUGUCCUCUCCCGCCUAUAAUAAGUAGUACUUAUUACAGGAUUUUACCUCGUCUGCAGUAGCAGAUUAUACCUACAAGAGCAUCCUGUGCAGGAUAUCAUAAUUUUCAACAAGCUUAUUGCAGCUUAGUUGCAGAAGUUUGAAUCUUGGUUUCGCACACGAACCCCCUACUGACAAACCUAACUCGACAAGAUGGCGACCAAGUUGGGUGCGAUCGCUGAGUUGACUCACGAUGACAAGAAGGAGAUCGUGAAGCAGAUGUUGGACGAUGACGACGAGGACGACGUAUUGAUUUUGAUUUUGUUUGCUCGUAUGCAUGACAAAUCAUGGCUUUCAUGUACGGCUCCGCAUGAGAAAUCGAAAUGUGAAAAUGUAAAUUGUACAACUACAUCGCCUCUGUCAUGCCAAAACCACAAUAAAAACUACAGGAACCGUCCGACUACGAUUCCGAUGCGGAUGGCGUCCUGCCGCCCUCCAAGCCGGUCCCAGCGUCCCACUGGGUGAAGGGAGCUCUUUAUGAAAUGCAAAAAUGUCUGGGUCUGGAAGGAUGCAACUUGUGAUGCUGAAUUUGGAUUGCUACAAAAAUCUGUAUUGCGUGAACAGCAAAAGAGGUCCAGUUUUUGCCACGGCGAGAGGGUAUUUCUCAUGCGGUAUAGGCAUCAGGAAGCCCUCACAAAAUGAAAAUCUGUGAUGCUGAGGCAUGCAUCACAGACAUCAUGAGUCAUGCAAAAUGUACAUGACAAACCUUGCAUCCUUCCAGACCCAGACACUUUUGCACUUGAUACGCUUGUCCGCGAGACAAUGGAAGCCGUGGAACAGAUGGCCAAGGAUGGACAGCUGGUGAAGGAGACGGACAACCGAGGCAAAUCGAAGAUGAGCUUCAUUGCACCGGUAUAGAACUUGUACGCGUUUUUUGUCAUGCAUGUUGAAACCGCAGAAUAGGUGGCACUUGUCAUGACAGGAUAGCAUGCUAGCUAUCCUGCUCGCAAGAAAUCGAACAGCAACUCCUCAACAUCAAUUACAAUUUCUCAUACACAAAAACAAACAGGACGGGAGCAAGGAGUUGGUCGGCAAGGUGGCUCGGGAGCAAGGCCAGAAGUCCAUGGCGUUGAAGUCCAUGAUGACCAGCAAGAUCGGCUCCGGCGGCGGCGCUGGCUGGGCGAAGGGAUCCAUGAUUCUCGCCGGUGCGUACAAAGGUGCGGAUAAGCCGUCUGACGCGACCUUCAACCACAAGCGGUCUUUAUGGAUUGCAAAAAUGUCUGGGUCUGGAAGGUUGUAACUUGUGAUGCUGUCUUCGGAUUCGAAAAACAUCUGUAUUGCAUGAGGAGCAAAAGGAGUCCAGCUUGUUCUACACGGCGAGGGCGUUUCUCAUGCAGAUAAGGCAUCAGGAUUCCCUCUAAAAAUCUGUUGUGCCUGCCUUUUCGCGCGCCAGCCCCUUUUGCUUCUACUGCUACAGCUCGUCUUACGAAAGGCCUUAGAAUUUAUUCCCAUACAUAUUUAGAUUUACAAGCGCUUAAGUAGCAGUACUAAGUUUUCCGAUUUACUUACUUUUUCAGUAGAAGUUUACGUUGCGCAGUAUUAGCAUUCAUAUAUCAGUUUUAGUAGGCCUCUGAACGGCAAAGGGACGAACAGCCCGUAGACCUCCGAUGUGAUGCCAGGUUAUGCAUUACAGACAACAUGGGUCAUGGAAUAUCUGCAUGACAAAUCUACAAAUCUUCCAGACCCAGACAUUUUUGCAUUUGAUAGUCUUCCAUUGGCUGGGGUGACCCGACCACGUCGAGCUUAAUGAAGAUGGCGCUGGACCCGACGAAAGUAUAUUAAUGGGCUAGAAUUUGAUAAACUGAUCUAGAACUAGAUAUCAAUGCCUGACCAUGCAUGAGAAACCGUGAUGUUUUUACGCAUCUCGCAUGACAAAUCCAUGAAACACUAAACCCUCACCCUGAACACGAAAAAACACCACAGCCCAUCCCUCACCUGCACAAGGGUGCGGACGUGAAGGUCGCUUUGGUUGGUGACCUCGGUACCAAGUGUGUCUCGCACUUGCCGCGACGGUGGCACGAGGCGGCUUUGUCGGUGCGGGACACGAUUUACGACCCCGAUUUCUACGAUGAUGGCACCUACGGCCCGCUCUACAUCCGGUAUUAUAAUAGUGCUUUUUCUUGCAGUCUGUGCAUGAGUAGAAAAUGUAGCUGUCAUGCCGAAAGAUGCAACACAAAUAAGAACCGGAAGAACCUGCCUGUCUGCAGAACAAGUCUCAUACAUUCUGUCAUGCUAAAAAACUAUUACAACAACCAUUACAGUAACUGCAUCCACUCGUCCCUGACCUACAACAAACACGACGGUACCGGAGGGUUAGAAGGCGCCACCAUGCGCUUCCGCCCGGAGAGAUCCGACGCGCACAACCGGGCGUGUGACCACGUGCACAAGAGAAUCGAGACCCUCGUGAAGAACAAGCAUCCCUGGAUUUCCUUCGCGGACGCGUUUGCACUCGCCGCGUACGUCGUGAUUGAGGUGUCCGGCGGGCCGAUCAUCCCGCUGAGCGUCGGCAGGAGAGACAGCGACGGUAAGGUGUUUGAGGGAACCAAUAUCGAGCGGAAACCGGUCAUGCCGGGGAGAUUGCCCAUGCCGGAACAAGGUAUGAUUUUUCGAUUUGUAUUGCGUUUUUUGGUUGAAAGCUUGACUUUGCCAUGCAUGAUCUGCACCGAAAUGGAGAUGACUACAGUUUUCGCAUGUAAUAUCGAUACAACUCUGUGUUUGUCAUCAUGCAAAAAUACAAUAAAAACUUCAGGUAUCCACGACGAGGAGCAAGAAUUACUGGCUAUUGCCGACCAGAUGCGCCGCAUCUUUCUCGAUCGCGCGGGCGUUACCGAGCAGCAGAUGGUGUGCUUAAUUCUCGGCGGUCACUCCUACGGGCGCUGCCACCAGCAUAUCUCCGGCUACGCGGGCCCCUGGCAGCACAACCCGGGAAGGUUUAACAAUAUGAUGGCGUGGAAUCUGCUGAAUCACGAGUGGAAACUGGUCGAUAAGACGAUGGAGGACUGCAGUGGAGAUUUGAUCACCGGUCUGAAGCCGAGAGGUAUUGAUUCAUAUUUUUGUGUUACAUGGAAUUUUCGCAUAACAACAAAGACGAAGAGUUUGUGAUGCGUUGUAACCCUAACCUACAUGGAUGACCAUUAGCAAAUGAGAGAGAGAUCAUUUUUGUCAUGCAGAAACGCAAUAUCGAAAAUCUAAAUUAGGUAUCCGACGGCAGUACGUGAACGAGAACGGUAAGGGCGGCAUCAUGAUGUUGAUGUCCGAUAUGUGCCUGAUCCGGCAGCCGGCGUGGCGCAAAUGGGUGGAGAUCUACGCCAAGGAUUCGAACCGGCUGAAGCGCGAUUUCGGCAUCACCUUCAAAGCCGCAACGGAGCUCGGCUGGGUCAAGCCGAAGCAGCCGGAGUCCUUCUGGGAGGGAGUGGUGAUGAAGGUCAAGGCUAUUCCGCAGAUGAAAUUGCGGGAGAUCGCGGAGUUCGUCUGCUGCCGGGAGGAAACUUAUUACCGAUAGAUAAGAUUCAUCGUUGAGAACUUUUCAAGUCCUCUGAUCAUUUUUCUCUACUUCGAGCGAAAACGUACAUAGAAGCAUGGUGUUGUAUCUAGUGUAUGAUUUGCUUUAAAAAAUCAGUGUUGUUUCGAUCGUCCUGAAGAAGAUGAAGAUGAACACAAGAUGAACCUCCAUGUGGUCGUGCUAAGAUUCCUAUCCAGGUGGUGGCUCUUUUAGCACGGUGGGUCGUUUCUAACUUCACUCGUUUCUUGUCUUAGUCUAAUAUUACAUUUUUUCACUCAUUGUUCUCUAUCAAGUCUUCUAAAUCAACUUCGUACUACACCAAUUUUUAAUCCUAUUUUUCAUGUUGACUUUUUUGCUGAGGUAACCGUAUGAAUCUGAUUUUACCCGCCGAGACAAAAAUCUUCAUAUCUCUGUUAUGCUUACUUGGUAGUUGAAGGAGCAAGUGUCUGCUUGUAAACCACGAUCUAUUUUGAAAGGAAAAGAAAAAAAUGGUGUUGACCCUUCGAUUCGUAUGAAGAACAACUCGAAGAUCACCAGGUCAAGAAAAGGUCACUUCUUCCGCCUUCACUAGUUUAAAAACCGUAUAAAGCUCGUUCUUCUACUUUGGGUAGCUGCUGGUGCGACUACAACACGACGUGAGUAUUACCACCAGCAGUAGAAUGAGCAACUAGAAAACCAGAACCUCCGAUAGGCGACAGGACCACGAGGAGCGGAAAGCGUUUCAUUUAUUUUCCAGAGACUUCGACGCAAGAAGUCAAAGUCUCAAUCUAUUCUGUACAAAAAAAUACAACGUCGCCCAAUGAAAAAUAAGGAAAUGAAACCCCGUUAUAAACUAGAAUUUUGAAGAGCAGUAUUAGGAGAGAGGAAAUUGUCAAGGAAAACGAAUAAAAAAUCCAAAACAGUAAAAGGCGAAAAAACACGAAUAUUUCACGGUAUGCAGCCGUCGAUAGAAGAUCCGUACUCGAAUUUUAUGAAUAAUUUUGUCAAUCUUCAAGACGAGUCAGCUAAGCCACACAAAAACCAAAUCACCAACUUCCGAAAAGAACGCGAGUUGCCCACUGCAACAGCGGAGCGAGAACUAGACUGC